AUGAAAACAACUCCAAAGAAACCAAGACCACAGGCUGAUUCUGAUUCCUAUGAUGGCCUUUUCCCCUUAAGGUUGAUGCACAAAAACUACCAGCAGGUCCUGGCCCUGGUAUUUGCUGUGGAGGAGAUCAACAGAGACCCCAAUCUGUUACCCAAUAUUUCUUCCUUGGGAUUUUACCUGUAUAAUGCCUACCACAGUGAUGCAAGAACCUUGGAGAGCUCCCUGAGAUGGCUCUCUGGUCAGGGCCAGCUUGUCCCUAAUUACAGCUGCAGUGGGCAGGAUAAAUCUGUGGCUGUCAUUGGAGGAGCCACGUCAGCUCUGUCUGUCCAGAUGGGGACCCUGCUUGAGCUCUACAAGUUUCCACAGCUCCACCCUUUUCUGAAGAACACCUGCUUUAACAACAGUGCUGGUGACCAGGUGUUUUUGGAUGCCACAGGAAGUUCUGAAGCUGAUUAUAACAUUUUGAAGUACUUGUUCUUUCAAAAUGGGACUGAAACUCUGGUGAAAGUGGGACAGUAUAUCCCCAGUGCUCCUCUUGGUCAAGAUUUCACCAUUUCUAAGGAGGCCAUUGUGUGGGGCUCAUUUGAGACAAAGACCCUGCAAACACUUUCUUCUCUUAUCACUGUUCAGACUCUCAAUGCUGUGUGCAGUGAUAGCUGUGUCCCUGGAUUCAGGAAAACCCAAAGGAAAGGAGAGCCCAUCUGCUGCUUUGAUUGUUCUCCAUGCCCAGAGGGAGAGAUUUCUAAUAAAAUCAAUAUGAAGCAUUGUAUGAAGUGUCCUGAAGAUGAGUAUCCAAAUAAGGGGAGAGAUCACUGCCUUCCCAAAGCCAUUACCUUCCUGGACAUAAAAGAACCUCUGGGAAUGACUCUAACUGUUGUGGCUCUUUUCUUCUCUGUGCUAACAGUUCUGAUUCUCGGGGUGUUUGUGAAAUUCAAAAACACCCCCAUAGUCAAAGCCAAUAACAGGACCCUCAGCUACACUCUCCUCAUCUCCCUCACCUUGUGUUUCCUCUGCUCCUUGCUCUUCAUUGGCCGUCCCACUGCAGCCACCUGCCUCCUUAGACAAACAACUUUUGGGCUUGUAUUCACUGUGGCUGUUUCUUCCAUUUUAGCAAAAACCAUUCUGGUAGUUCUGGCUUUCAAGGUUACAGCACCAGGGAGCAGGAGCAAGAUAUGGCUUCAACCGAGAGUUUCCAACUGUGUCGUACUCCUUUGUUCUGGGAUUCAAGUGACUUUAUGUGGCAUCUGGCUGGGACUCUCUGCCCCCUUCCCAGACACAGACACACAUACCCAACCCAAUCAGAUCAUCAUUGAAUGUAAUGAGGGCUCUGUCCUUGGUUUCUACUGUGUCUUGGGCUACAUUGGCUUCUUAGCCUUGGGGAGCUUCACGGUGGCUUUCCUGGCCAGGAGCCUGCCUGACACCUUCAAUGAAGCCAAGUUCAUCACCUUCAGCAUGCUGGUGUUCUGCAGUGUGUGGGUCUCCUUCCUGCCCACUUACCAGAGCACCAAGGGCAAGGCAAUAGUGGUGGUAGAGAUCUUUUCCAUACUGGCCUCCAGUGCUGGCUUACUAGUCUGCAUCUUUAUUCCCAAGUGUUGGGUGAUCUUACUGAGGCCAUAUGGGAACACCCAAGAAUGUAUAAGAAAUAUCAGAGUGCAAGAGGGGAAGCAUCAUGUUGUGUGGGUCUCCUUCCUCCCCACAUACCAGAGCACCAAGGGCAAAGCCAUGGUGGUUGUGGAGAUCUUCUCCUUCCUGGCCUCCAGUGCUGGUUUACUGGGCUGCAUCUUUAUUCCCAAGAGUUAUGUGAUCUUGCUGAGGCCAAUUAGACUCAAUGAUAGAGCUGGAGAUGCCUCAGGUAGAGAUGUUCCCAAGAGCUUCCCCAUGGCUGAGGAUGAAGACUGA